AUUUAGCCUUUUCAUCUGUUUGUACUAUAACACUUGCUCUCAAACUUACGUUCCUACAAUUAUGCAAAUUACAGCUAAAAAUGACGUGCAUGGGGAAAAAAGAUGUCAGGAAGUCUAUCAUUGGCCAUUAUUUUGCAUCUAACGUUACUGACAAGGACAUUUUUCUGUACAAAACAGCAACAUUAGCGAGUUCAGACCACGCCCCUUUUUUGCUCACUUCCACAUUAAGAGCCAAACAGCGUUUAUCUUCGUUCUAUCGACCAAUCAGCGCUCUGCCGGACGACAACACGGCACUUUUCCUUCAACCACUAGUGUGUUCUGUUGAUGUGACGCAACGACUAUCAGCUGGUUUUGUUUUGCUCUACAUCUCUUUGCUCCGCUUGAAGUCGUAAACGUACAAACCUUGCGUUUCAAUCUGUGACAUAAAGGGAUCAUUUAAGUGCCGCAGUGUAUUUGCCCUCCUCUGUGUUCGGACGAUCCACAUUUUUUUUUCUUAGGUAGGUCUUCGGUUUGCCACCAUCUUUCCGAGAGGUCCGACCGAUCCCAGGCCUCCGAUCCAGGGCGGAGGGAGGGAAGGAGGUCGUUGGGAAUCGGGAUGGAGACCGAAGAGGGAGCCGACGUUCCUGGCGGCCCGGGGCUGUGCUGCGCCUCCUUCAAUCAAGACUCCACGUCAUUGGCUAUGGGGACCAAAACUGGAUACAGACUCUUUUCUGUAACCUCUGUGGAUAAACUGGAAUGCAUCCAUGAGAGCACAGAAACUCCAGAUGUGUAUAUCGUGGAAAGGCUUUUCUCCAGCAGCCUGGUGGUGGUGGUGAGUCAGGCCAUGCCACGUCGCAUGAAUGUCUACCACUUCAAAAAGGGCACAGAAAUUUGCAACUACAGCUACUCGAACAACAUUCUCGCAGUGCGCCUCAACAGACAGAGACUGGUUGUCUGUCUGGAGGAGUCCAUUUAUAUCCACAAUAUAAAGGACAUGAAACUUCUUAAGACCCUUCUCAAUACACCAUCCAACCCAUCAGGUCUGUGUGCUCUCUCCAUCAACCAUUCAAACUCUUUUCUGGCAUACCCGGGCAGUGACACCAUCGGCGAAAUUAUUGUCUACGACGCCAACAAUCUGAACACUGUGACAAUGAUUCCAGCCCAUGACAGUCCACUUGCUGCCAUCACCUUCAAUGCUUCCGGCACUAAACUGGCCAGUGCUUCUGAAAGGGGCACUGUGAUACGAGUGUUCUCUAUUCCAGAGGGUCUGCGUUUGUUUGAGUUUCGGCGGGGUAUGAAAAGGUAUGUCAACAUCAGCUCCCUUUCCUUCAGCCCGGAUGCUCAGUUUCUCUGUGCAUCAAGCAAUACAGAGACGGUGCACAUUUUCAAGCUUGAACAACAGCACAGCCCAAGCGGGGAGGAGGACACUCCCACUUGGUCAACAUAUGUAGGUAAGAUGUUCACAGCAGCCAGUAGCUACCUCCCUGCGCAGGUGUCAGGCAUGAUGAGUCAAGACCGAGCCUUCGCUACCGUUCGUCUCCAGAUGACCGGUCAGAAGAAUGUCUGUGCCCUGGCAACAAUCCAAAAGCUUCCACGAUUGCUUGUGUCCUCCUCUGAUGGGCAGCUAUUCAUCUAUAACAUUGAUCCUCAAGAUGGGGGCGAGUGCAGUUUGGUGCAGAAGCACAGGUUGUUUGGAUCAGAUUCUGAGAACGAAGACACUGAAUCUGAAAUCUCAGAGGCACCACAAGCAUGCCAGUCUUACGCUGCCACUGUGGCCAUUCCCACCUCUGGACCCGUCACGGCCACUCUCACAGGUUACUCAGAGGAUGGUGGAGCUAAAAAAGGGGAGGUGAUUCCUGAACAUGAGUUUGCUGUGGGGCCCGUGUGCCUGGAUGACGAAAAUGAAUUUCCUCCCGUGAGCAUUCGCUAACCUCCCCACAUCUGAGCACCAGACUACACAGUGUUACAUUCCAAUAAAUUGGUGCCGUGACGGAUCUGGGAGAGGCAAAGGGAGACGACCAUGAGAAGGUUAGAGAUCAGGUGGAGUCCACAGCUGUCACAGGAGGAUCCUCAGUGCAAGAUCAAGGAGUAACAAAACAACAAUAAAAAAAAACACUUCAGGGUGCUAAUUUAUUAACGGAACGGUUAAAAUGCUAAUAGCUUAAUUUUAGUUGAUCAGGGUUUUGGGUCGUUGUUACUCAAACCUCUGAGGGGUGUGUUAUAAAUAAGGUGCAUGACUGAAAUGUAACCACAUAUUGUUAUAGUUACGUAAGACAUAUUGUAUCAAAAUCGUAAUACUGUAGCAUUUUAUUCUUUUACAUUUUAACACCAUCAUAAUGAAUCAUAAAAAGAGAGGAAUUACUUUUAUAUACAGUAUUUGUUUUUGCUGUAUUGAAACUUAAUAUGUUUACAUGUUACCGUCCUGAAUAAUACAGCGGGAUGUUUUGUUUGUAUGUGCCUAUGAUAUUACUUGUGAGAGUGCAGAGUAUUUUGCUGGAUUGCUCAAGACCAAAAGAUAAAAAACAUGAAUAUGUAGGAAAUAUAUUAGGAAUGAAAUUAUGCAAAGCA